AUGUCUUCACAUGAAUAUAGUCUGCAUUUUCUUGUUAAUGAACUUGUACGAACAUUAAAUGUUAAUUUAAAAGGAAUACGACUUGCACCUGAAGAUAUUGUUGAUUAUUUUAGUAAACCUACAACUCGACAAGCAAAUACUUAUACACCUGCUGAAUUAUCUGAUGCUAAACGAAAAUUAUAUUCAAAUUCUUUAUCAGCAAAUGAAUUUGUUGAACUUUAUGAUAGUUUAAAAGCACGACAUGUUCGAGAUUUGGAUUCAAUUGUAAUGAUUCUUUCUAGUAUUGUCGAUAAUUCUGAGAUACAAGAUUUACUCAAACCUUCACGUUCAAAAUCAACAACAAUGACAAGUCCUCAACAAAAACGUCUUAAUAAUCAACCACGAACAACAACAACAAGUCCAACAUCAACAAUUAGUAAAGUUCAUUCUCCACAUGUUCUUGCUGAAAUGAAAGAUACAUUACUUCGACCAACAACAGCAACAAUAUCACAAGCUGGAUCAAUUAUGUCUGAAAAUGAUAUUCGUCGUCGAAUAUUAACACCAUCAUCAUCAACAGAAUUUCUUGGACGACCAGCAUGGUUUAAUGAACGAUUACGACUUAUAUGGGAUUUUUAUCCCACACCGGAAAAAUUUGAACCAGAUGUUGCUAUUGGACGUUUGUCAGUUAUAGAACAAGAAGCAAUUAUUGUUGAAGAUCUUCUUUUAUGUAUGCUAGGUAUUGAAGGAAAAUUUAUAAAAACACCAUCAUUAACAGAUAAACAAGCUCAACGUUCAUUUCAUAUUGAUCGAUCAUUAGAUCAAACUUUAAGAGAUUUAGCCCGACGAAUGGUACCAUUAUGUUCUAAUCAUUCAUUAAUUGUACGAUUUAUUGAAGAUCGUUCACAAUAUAAAUAUGGUUUAAUUAAUCAUGCUCUUGCUGGAGCAUUGAGAGAAGUUGUUCAAAGAUAUUAUGUUUUUGUUAGUCAACUUGAAACACAACAACAGCAAGGUCAAUUAACAUUACAAACAUUAUGGUUUCAUACAGAGCCUGUUAUGGAAAUGAUGGAAAUCAUAGCGAAUAUUGUUAGAACAUUAAAUAAGGGCAAUACAACAGGUCGUGCUGUACUCGACCUACUUCAUGAACAAACUCUUAAAUUAUCCGGUCAUAAACAAGCUUAUGGUAUUUGUUUUUUUCUUGCAAAAUCUGCCUAUAAACCUUAUUUAACUAUGCUUGAAACAUGGAUACAUAAUGGUAUAAUUGAUGAUCCUUAUGGUGAAUUUAUGGUACAAGAAAAUAAAGAUAUUAUACAUCAUGAAAGUAGUCUUGAACAAGAAUUUAAUGAUAAAUUUUGGUCACGUCGUUAUUUAUUACAACGUAAUAAUACACCAAUAUUAUUUCAAUCAUCAUCUGAUAUGAUAUUAAAUACUGGUAAAUAUUUAAAUGCAAUACGUGAAAGUGCAUUUGAUUAUAAUGAUGAUAUAAAUAUUGAUAUGUCAACAUCAAUAUUACGUAUUGAUAAACAAUUAUUAAUGAAUAAUCAUAAAAAAUUAGAAUAUACUAUACGUGAAAAAGAUCUUGAUGAAACAAUUGAAGAAGCUUAUAAAUAUUCAAGUCAAAUAUUAUUAGAUUUAAUAUUAAAUAAAUAUCAUUUAAUUGAACGUUUUCAAACAUUAAAACAUUAUUUUUUAAUUGAUAAAGGUGAUUAUAUUGUACAAUUUAUGGAUUCAGCUGAAGAUGAAUUAACAAAACGUGCACGUGAUAUAGAUGAAAAUAAAAUUCAAUCAUUACUUGAUGUAUCAUUAGCUAUAACAUCUGAUGAUCAAUAUAAAGAUGAUGUAAGAACAAAAAUGUUUCAUUAUGAUUUAAUAUCAAUGCUUGAACGUGUACUUAAUAUUGAAUCAUCAACAAAUAUAAAUGAAACAAUGGAAAUAAAAUUAACUGGUUUAGAAUCAUUUUCACUUGAUUAUGAUGUUAAAUGGCCAAUAUCAUUAGUUAUUAAUAGAAAUUGUUUAACAAGAUAUCAAAUGUUAUUUAGAUUUUUAUUUUAUAUUAAAUAUAUUGAACGUUUAUUAUGUAAUGUAUGGCGUGCACAUAAAAAUGGUGGUCGAAGACGACGACGACGUGCACGUGAUAGAAAACAUUUUGUUACAAAACCAAAUGGUGCUGCUUAUUUAAGACAUAAAAUGCUUCAUUUUGUACAAAAUCUUUUAUAUUAUAUGAGUUUUGAAGUUAUUGAAUCACAUUGGCAUACAUUUGAAAAUAAUUUAAAAAAGGUAUUUAAAAUAAAAGAUUUUUCUUUAGGAUAUACAAUGCAUCUUAAAAAUUUUGCAUGA